GAGAGAGAGAGAGCUGAGUAAACUCCGACUGGUCUACUGAAAGAAAGCAAGCAAAAAUCUCAAGCUUCUGACAGUUCCACAAAUCCGAGAUAGGUCCACACCAACAGAAUGGCUUUCCAGAGAAACCUGCAUUUCCUGGUAUUCCUGUUGCUGAUCGUGAACGCUCAGUUUUCCACAGCCCAACACUGGUCUCACGGUUGGUAUCCAGGAGGGAAGAGAGAACUGAGUCUGUCUCAAUCUCCAGAUGUUUCAGAAGAUAUCAAGUUAUGUCAAGGCGAGGGUUGCCUGUUGCUGCAAAGUCCACGUAAAGGUAUCAUAAGGAGCAUUGUGAUGGAUAUGUUGGUGCAACAGAUUCAGAAGAAGAAAUGAAGGCUGCUCUGCUUUCAGAUUGUCCCCGGUGUAAGUUAUAAUCUC